GCUGAUCCUCCUCGUCUCCUCGAUAACAGAGUACCUUCUUCCCUUGAGAAAGCAGAUACAGCAAGACCCCAAAAUGAAAUUGGCAAUCGUCUGUCUGGCUCUUGCGACUGUGGCCUCUGGUCUGUACAUCCCUGCAGAAGAAAAGAGAAAUCUUCACGAUACUGUUGUAAUAAUUGAGAAUAUCAUCAAGGAAAUCGAGAAGGUUCUUCAACCUAACAACGACAAGAGAAAUCUUCACGGUGCCGCUGUAAUAAUUGAGAAUAUCAUCAAGGAAAUUAAUCAUCUUGUUGAUAAUGUCAGUCCCACCUCUUCCAAGAGGAAUUUGGAGGAUCUGGUAAAAAUGAUCCAAACCAUUCUUAACUCUGUCAUUGACAAAUCGAAUGAUAGCUCCAAGAGAGGUGUUUUCGUUAAUGUGGCUGAUACACUUGAUCAGAUGAUAGAGGGAAUCAAACAUGCGAUUCACCCAAAUAAUGAUCUUGACAAGAGAGGUUCCCUCAUUGAUAUUGCUGACCAGAUUGAUAAAUUAUUUGAGGGUUUUCAGCAUGCGCUCCACCCUGAUGACGCAGUAGCAACGAGAGGUAUUGUGGAAACAGUGAAAGAAAAACUUCAGCAAGCAAAAGACGUCUGGGAAGCCAUUCUAAACGCAGAUCUUUAAUCUGCUUGAAAAAGAUCGCCUCGAUGUUGGCAAAAAGAUCGACACUGUCAUCAAAGAACCCACCUACUGCCUUUUUUCCUGGUACCUAGAGAAAUCUGAUAGUGUCCAAACGUUUGGUAUACAGCUAACAGUGCUCCCGUUGCUUUAAGCAUGGGCAUCUAUUUCAUGGCGUAUCUUGUAUAAUGUUGGGAAACAUUAAGCUACCUGUCAAAAAUGUAGACUGAAAUCUCCAAAGCACUUUUUAGAUAACAAGUCACCAAUUAAACUUUCCUUAAAAACGUUCAAA